ACCGCAUCAACACUCCUUGCAGCAAUGCCUUCCAACCCAUUCAACAGCAUGUACCGGGCUAUCCGGUCGAAGUCUCCCAAGAAUGGCAAUAACUCCGAAGACUCCAAAUAUUUCAAGAACAAUGCGGACUCGAAACAAUCCAAAGACAGCACGUCUUCAAAAGAACAUGCGCAAGACGAUUCUGCUUCGGUGCUCAGCGAUGCCACUACCCUAGCUCCUCGAAAAGACGAACAGCCUCCGAGAAAAGACAACAGUCGAGAUCAGGAAGAGAUUGAUUUUGAUUCCGUGCGAUACAGUAAGUACCACUGGACGACCGGAUGAUCAUCUCUGUACGAAGAUCUCGCAGUUUGUCAACAUGCUAAUCUCAAGACAGUGAUGCGAGGAAUGGCGACCCGUCACUGAUACCGCGUGUUUCCCGAUGCGCACCUUUGUCUGCACGUUAUAGCGCUUUUCACGAGAGAUGACCGAUUAAAAUGUAUGGUAAUGGCUGGGAAAUAGAGAGGACUUUUGGGUUUGUUUUCUGGG